AUGAAGAACCAUGCUGAUGAUGAUGCGGCAUCAUGGUUAACACUCUCAUUACCAUCUUCAUCACGUGUUUCUGCUGCUGCUGCACUUUCAUAUGAAGAACAAGAUAUGGUGAAUGCAUCGUCAUGGCUUACACUUUCACUACCACCACCACCUCAGCCUUUACCGUUUGAAUACAGACCAUUAACACCUUCACUUUCUCCUCCUAAUGCUAUGACUCGUAGCAAUAGCGAGGUGAUGGAAAGUCCUCAAACUAUUCAACCACCGUUCCCAUGGGCAAAAGAACAAGAUAUGGUGAAUGCUCUUACACUUUCUCUACCACCACCACAACCUCAACAGUUAACACCUUCACUUUCUCCUUCUAAUGCUAUCACUAGAAGCAAUAGCAAGGUGCUGGAAAGUCGUCAAACUAUUCAACCACAGUUCCCAUGGGCAACUUUAAAGCCCGCCACCAUUCACACUAUUAACCACUUGUUGUAUGAUUUGAAUAUUAACACUAUUUCAGGUACUCUUGGAUGCAAAUUAUGUAAGUUUCAACAAACUGACGUUCGUUUUGAUUUGCUUGAAAAGUUUGAGAAAGUGGCAAAUUUCAUCGAGGAGAAAAAGUCUGAGAUGUUUGAACGUGCACCGGAUGCAUGGAUGAAACCUGUGUUGCCAAACUGCAGGAAUUGUGGUCCUAAAAGCAAAAUGAGGCCAUUGAUUGGAAAGAAUGAAGAGAUCAAUUGGCUGUUUUUGUUUUUGGGUGAGAUGAUAGGUUGUUGCAAUCUUGUGCAUUUGAAGUAUUUUUGCCAACAUGCUAAUAUUCACAGAUCAGGUGCCAAAGAUAGAUUGCUAUAUCAAACAUAUUUGAGUUUAUACAAACAACUCCAACCACACUGA